AUGGAAGAGUCUUCAGGAAACGCAGUUAAAAGCCAGCCAUUGCAGGGAAGACUCACGGGAAGUAUGAUACCCAGCAGACUACAGAAGAGAAGGAAGAUUCAAGUAGCCAAGAGCAAGAGAAAGGCCAAACAUAGAUCUGGCACUACUCUCAUAAAUCCUUUGAGGUUGACCAGUUGCAUCUUCCCACAACCUGUGACCCUAAUAACUUCAUACCCUGAAAAUAAAACCCGGUACAGGAGAGAUGAAGCAAAGCUGAAGAAACCCCAGCAGCUCUGUGCAUUGGAGAGACUGAAAAACUUUCAAUUUGGAGGAGACAGUAAAGAGAACCUAUCAUGUCCAUUGGAGCUUGCAAAUGCAGUAGAGAGAAUUGCACGUGGAAUGCAGGAUGAAGCCAGCAACCAAAGUGGUGCUAAGGAUCAACUAACUUCUGGACAAGUCACCUCUGACCAGCCCCCAUACUUGGAAACAACUGAGCAUGUGGCUCUUCAGCUGUCACCAUCUUUCUCCAGUCAAGGGGUAACAAUGCCAGUACCUCUUCAUCUGUCACCUUCUUACUUUCUACGGAAAGUAACCACAGGAGACAUCCAGAGACAGGCCUGGAAGGUAAAGAAGGCCAGGAAGAGACUGGCAGAGGCCUUGGAGGCAGACAGGCUAGCCAGACAGACAGAGAACAUGAGGGAAUAA